AUGUUUGCUUCUUCGGAGGAAGAUUCAGAGGAAAACGAAGUUCUUGAACGAGCGCAAGAGCAGUUGAAAGCACUCUCAGCAGACAAGGUUCAAACAAAUCAAAAAGCACUUCAAACAAAGCAAAAAGCAGCCGCCAAUCAGUUGACAUCUGAGGAACAAAUUGGUGUUGUAGCCGCUGGCAUCGGUGGUGCCGUUCUUGGUCUCUUGUUGGGUGGAUUCGCGGAUCUGAACAUUCCAGAUAUCGAUUUGAUCACUUCUCCCAUUGUUCCACCCAUUGUGGGAUCGGUUGCUUUAUCUAUUUUCGGAAUUGCGGGUGGAGCUUCUACUGGAUCGACUGGGAAGUUUAUUCGUGUCGCAUUCGGAGGCCCAGUUCGAUUAAUUGUAAACUUCAUCACCACUACCUUCAAGAACUAUGUGGAGAGAAAGACCAAUGAAAUCAAGGCUAUUCCCUCCAAUGUUGUCAAUGCUGCCAAGGCAAAGGUCGCUGAAACAAAGCAAGGAAUCGUCAACAUUCCUUCUAAAAUACAAACAGCAGCCAUCGAAAAGGUAGAGGAAGUGAAGGGGGAGAUCAAGGCAACUCCUGGACGGGUUGCUGAAGCCACACAGAAAGCGAUUGAUGAUGCCAUUGAUGACACUCUGGAUGCCGUAGACAACGCAAUCGAUGUAGUCAAAGCCAUUCCUACCAAAGCAGUAAAGGGCGUCGAAAAUUCCGUGUCCUCUACUGUCAAGAGUAUUGAAGGUUCGGUAUCCGUCAUCGUACCUGAAGUCACAAGUGAAGCACCACCAGCACCGAAGGUAGCCCCCAAGCCACCUGCCAAGAAACCAGAGCCACCCAAGAAAGCUCCACCGCUCAAGGGUCUCUCGGAUACUAAAUUGGAGGUUCCAAAACUUGAUGUGCCAAAGUUGGAGGUACCAAAACUAGAGGUACCGAAACUAGAGGUACCCAAGAUUGAAGUCCCCAAGGUUGACAUUCCCAAGAUUGAGAUUCCUAAACCAGAUCCUGCCGAACAAAAGCGAAAGCAAGAAGAAGCUGCUAAGAAGAAACUAGAAGCAGAAAAAGCGAAGGAAGCUGCCGCUCGAGCCAAGGCGCAACGCGAGGAAGAGUUGAGACGUCAUAAGAUAGAACAAGAACAAGCUCGCCAAGCUGCCCUAACCGAAAAGCAGCGCGGUGCCGAAGAUAAAAAACGUGAGCAGGAAGCCAAGAAGGCCGCCAUGGAACAACAGAAGAAAAAGGCCGAAGCUGCCCGCCAAGAGGCCGCCGCGGAAAAGCAACGCAUCGCAGAAAUUAAGGAGGCACAGGCAGCGGCCGACGCCGAGGAACGCAAGCGAAUCGCCGAGGAAAAGGAGGCCGAAGCUGCUGCGAAGAAGGCACAAGCUGCAGCAGCUGCCGAGGAGAAAAAACGUCUUGCUGAGGAGAAGAAGGCACAGGCCACAGCGGCUGCUGAAGAACGAAAGCGUAUCGCGGGAGAAAAGAAGGCCCAAGCUGCAGCUGCUGCAGAGGAGCGAAAGAAACUGGCUGAGCAGAAGAGACUUGCGGCACAAGCACAGGCUACCAAGACUCAAGAAAAAGCCCGAUCCCAACCUCCUCGACCUACUGUCUCGUUGGGUGAUCUCUUUGGUGGUUUCGUCGCCAAAUCCGAGGAGACGUUGAGUCCACUUGCGGCCCCAGUGAAGGAACAACUAGUCAAACCAGCUGCUCCGGUCAAAAAAUCUCCAGCCACUGCUGCGCCAAACGGUGUUCCAGUCCUUUCUGCUUGGCGUCAAUUAUCGAGUGGUGCAAUCACCGGAAGGAUUAGUGGCUCUGCCAACUUCCGAGAAGGCGAGACGAUAACUACUAGCCCUGUCGCCAUGGGUGCGAAAGGCGGUUCUGUUGUUAAGACAUCAAGUGGAAGCAGUUAUUUCUUGGAAGGAACAGUAGCUACAUCGAAACCUACUGGCGGAUUUAGAAUUCCAAGCUUUGGAGGAUCACCACAAUCUGGCACGCGCCCUGUAAGCUCUAGUGGCAACGAUCGCAAGGCUGCACUAGCCGCUGCUGCAGAAGCAAAGCGCCGUGCUGCUGAGGAACGCAAGGCAGCAGUGGCUGCAGCUGCUGAGGAGAAGCGACGACUUGCUGCCGAAAAGAAGCAGCAAGCUGAGGAACGCAAGGCUCAAGCUGCCGCUGCUGCAGCAGAAAAGAUGCGUAUUGCGGAAGAGAAGAAGGCACAAGCGGCUGCAGCAGCGGAAGAAAAGAAGCGUCUAGCUGAGGAGAAGAAGGCACAAGCUGCUUCUGCUGCAGAAAAGAAGAAGCGAAUUGCUGAAGAGAAGAAGGCGGCUGCCAUGAAGAAGACGCAAGCAACUACUGCACAGAAGAAAGCUGCUGCUCCAAAGGUAGAGCGACCACCAAAAGGAGUCCCAAUCAUUCGUGGAUGGAAAUCAAGACGUGAUGGCGGAAUCUCCGGGCGGAUCUAUGGCUCUCCAAACUUUGAAGAUGGAGACUUCGUGGAAACAACGACCAUUUCAGGUGGCAAGAUCGAAAACGGAGGAACUGUCACAACAGCUACAGGCUCCCGAUAUUUCCUUUCAGCAGAGCCACCUACCAAGGUAGCUUCGAGAUUUGCUGCGGUACUGGGAUCGUCUCCAACCAUUACACUUACCAACCAAAGAAAGGCAAUUGAAGACAAGAGCGAGGCUGAUGCCCCGCCGAAGGCAACGUUUUCUCUCUUUGAUCUUUUUGGAGGAGGCGAUUCAGGUGGUAAGCCCAAACAGGCACCACCAGCUACUAGUGCACCAAAGGCAAAAUCCGCCCCUGUGAAGAAAGCACCAACUCUUUCGUUGCCAAAAAUCCAAGUAGCGAAGCCCAAGCCCGUCGAAGCUCCAGCAAAGGAGACACCACCGCCCCCUAAGAAAGCUCCAGCAAAGAAGACGACGCCACCUCCUCCCAAGAAAGCUCCAGCAACGAAAAAGACACCCCAACCAAAGAAGGGUGCUCCAAGAGGGGUUCCGGCUCUUUCUGGCUGGAAGGCAAAUGCUGACGGUUCUGUGAGUGGUUCGAUAAGCGGGUCACCAAAUUUCCGUGACGGUGAAAAGGUUACAACCAGUCCUAUCAUCAAGGGAAAGUAUGCAAGUGGUGAAGUGGUGACAACUGGAAGCGGCUCUAGGUAUUAUUUGUCAUAG